AUGGUCAGUGACUUUUUCUUCCCCCAGCCAGGGGGAAUUGAAAGUCACAUAUAUCAGCUAUCGACCAAGCUUAUCGAUCGCGGCCAUAAAGUCAUCAUCAUAACCCAUGCCUACAAGGGACGAACCGGCGUUCGCUAUCUCACCAAUGGGCUCAAAGUAUACCAUGUCCCCUUCUUCGUGAUCUACCGGGAGUCGACCAUGCCGACGGUCUUCUCGUUCUUCCCUAUCUUCCGAAAUAUUGUGAUUCGUGAGCAGAUUCAGAUUGUACAUGGCCAUGCAAGCUUGAGCAGCUUCUGUCACGAAGCUAUUCUUCAUGCACGGACAAUGGGCCUCCGGACAGUUUUUACCGACCAUUCGCUGUUUGGGUUUGCAGAUGCGGCGUCAAUUCUCACCAACAAGCUGCUCAAGUUCAUCUUGAGUGACGUAGACCAUGUCAUUUGUGUCAGUCAUACAUGCAAGGAGAACACGGUCCUUCGAGCCUCGCUAGACCCGUUGAUGGUGUCUGUCAUUCCCAAUGCGGUGGUUGCAGAGAACUUCCGACCCCCAGAGCCACGGCCAAUAGCGCGACCCAUGGAGCCCAACGAUAUUAUCACGAUUGUUGUCAUAUCCCGUCUUUUCUACAAUAAAGGAACCGAUCUCCUUAUUGCCGCCAUUCCCCGGAUACUUGCGUCCCAUCCGAAUGUACGAUUCAUCAUUGCCGGAUCAGGGCCCAAAGCCAUCGAUCUCGAACAGAUGCUAGAGAGGAAUGUUCUCCAGGACAAGGUUGAAAUGCUUGGCUCGGUGCGACACGAAGAAGUUCGUGACGUGAUGAUCCGGGGACACAUCUAUCUACAUCCGAGUUUGACUGAAGCGUUCGGUACUGUCCUUGUGGAAGCUGCAAGCUGUGGUCUAUACGUGGUGUGCACACGCGUUGGUGGCAUUCCCGAGGUGCUCCCCCAACACAUGACAACUUUUGCGAAACCGGAGGAGGAUGAUAUCGUGCUUGCCACUGGAAAAGCCAUCGCCGCAUUGCGUUCGAACAAAGUCCGCACGGAUCGAUUCCACGACCAGGUCAAAAUGAUGUAUUCUUGGACGGACGUAGCCGAACGUACGGAACGUGUCUACAAAGGCAUCUCCGGGGACAUUAGCCCCGAGGAAUUCUACGGCUACUAUCCCGGACAGGGAUGGGAGGCCGGUCGGGACCGGGUGCGAAGCUUUGCCCUUAUUGACCGUUUGAAACGGUACUACGGAUGCGGAGUGUGGGCAGGCAAGCUGUUCUGUCUUUGCGUGGUGAUCGACUUCUUACUCUAUGUUUUCUUGGAGAUGUGGUUUCCCCGUGCAAACAUUGACAUUGCGCGCAGCUGGCCUAAGAAGAUCAACCAAAAAGAGAACAAACGGCCAGGGUCUACGUAUAAAGGCGACCGUCUGGGGCCUGCAUAA